CGUCGUCAAUAGAUUAUACUGAUCCUCAGUAAUUUGAUGGACGUCAUUGUCAUAUUUACCACUGUUGUUUGGAAUAUUGUAGUGUUUGUUUUCUAGUUUUCGUGAUAUUGUAAAUGGAAUGUAUUUAAAUCAAUCUAAAUAUGACGAUUCUUUCUAAGAAAAAAUCAAUUCAAGGAAAAUCAGAAGUAGAAUCCUCUGAAGCUACACCUCACCACAAUGGAUCUCACACUCAUGGGAUUAGCCUAGGUUCUCUUCCAAACCAUUCACAGAUAAAUGAGAGGAGCCGUGACGAGCGUCUCAAUUCCCCUCACAGUUGGCCCCUGAGCAAUGCCCGAGAGGAGAAGAGAGCCUCCCAUGUGCCUGACUAUGAUACUCUCGAGAGUGGGCCCAGUCACAGCAAGCGAAGACACCGCGCUAGCCCACACAGAACGACUCGCAGCAGCAAGUUGAGGGAGAGGGAGAGAGCAUCGCCUGGCAGCUCACCCAAGGCCGAGUCGUCGUGUGAUGACAAAUUGGAGGUUUCUGGCUCCGGCUACAACAGCGGAGACGAAUACGACGCCCGCAGGCUUGGCGAAAUCUCAGAGGCUGAAUGGGUGGAGAAGGACAGGAUGUUUGAGAAGAAGAUGCGGAAACGAGGGCUGACAGUGAAGGCCAUGGGAGAGGAUGGUGCUUGCCUAUUCCGUGCUGUAGCAGAUCAGGUGUAUGGUGACCAGGAGAUGCAUGCUGUCGUACGCAAACACUGCAUGGAUUACAUUGCAGCAAACGGGGACUACUUUUCACAGUACGUAACUGAGGAUUUCACCACAUACGUGAACAGAAAACGCCUGGAGUGUACUCACGGCAAUCACAUCGAGAUGCAAGCUAUGAGCGAGAUGUACAAUCGCACCAUCGAGGUCUUCUGCUAUGGGAAAGAGCCAAUAAACAUAUUUCACGGUGUGCAAAAGUCAGACAAUGAGCCUAUUCGUCUAUCCUACCAGCGUGGGAGCCACUACAACAGUAUAGUGGACCCGCACAAAGCCACUAUUGGUGUCGGCCUAGGACUGCCAAAUUUUAGUCCCGGAGGCGCAGAGAAGAGUCUCAUCAAAGAUGCUAUGCGUCAGAGUGAAGAUUUUCAUAUUGAGCAGGCCAUGUUGGAGGACAAGUUACGGGCAACUGACUGGGAGGCAACCAAUGAAGCUAUUGAGGAGCAGGUGGCCAGAGACAGUUACCUGCAAUGGCUUAGAGACACUGAGAAAAGAGACAAAGCUCUUGCAAGGUCGGCUACAGCCACAUCCACCUCUGCUACUGUCACUUCACCUGAAGUUCGGUCCUCUCCACGCUCCCGACAUCCCAGUCCUAAACAUGGAGAGGGCUCAUCUUUCGGUGGGGAGUGCAGCCAAUCCUUCAACGUCAUCGAAUCCGCUUCCUUCCUCAACAUGUUACCUCCGAACAUGUUUGGGCUGUCAGAAUGGGAAGAUGCUGGAAUUGUGGCUCAAGUUUUGGCUGCUUCUCAACAAGAGUACCUUGACAAUCUGAAGAAAGCGAGGGAUGCUAACAAUGCACAUCAAAUUGACAGUGAUGCCAACUUUGGAGGCCCUUCAACAUCUAGUUAACGACAUUGUUUAUUCUCAAUUUUUUUUAUAGAGUGAAGAUCUGUUGAUCACAAGAGUAAAUUAUAUCUUAAAGUUUUUCUAUACAAAACCAUUGAUUGAAAUUAGUAGCCACUGUUCUGUGCAUAUCCAAACGAUGUUUUAUCUAUUUUUUUAAGAUUAUAUAGUGGGAUACACGGUGGUGAACAGAGAAUAGUGUUUUAAGCAUCAGAAACUUCAGAACUUACUUUUUAGUUUUAGUCAAACACCUUAAUACAGUACUUUGUAAGAAUUCAAAGUUAACAUGGUGUAAUAAAUUUAACUAAGUUAAUAUUAACAUUAGAACUGGCAAGGCUUUACUGACUAAUGUCUUUGGCUGUGUGUAAAUCGUUUUCAUUACUAAUCGUUUAAUGCUACUUAUUAGAACAUUACGUAUUGUUUAAACUGAAUUGUAUGUAAAUCUAUUUUACAUUUUAAAUGAAAAAUAUGACACUCAUUUCUUUUUACUUCCGGUGUUUUGAAGUCAUUUCUAAUACCCGGUCAUAUCAGUAUAAACAUCAAUAGCGAAAAUAGAUGAUUACCAAGAUUUGAACUGUUUAUAAACAAUUGCAUGAUAGUUGUGUACCAAGAUUUGAACUGUUUAUAAACAAUUGCAUGAUAGUUGUGUACCAAGAUUUGAACUGUUUAUAAACGGUUGCAUGAUAGUUGUGUACCAAGAUUUGAACUGUUUAUAAACGGUUGCAUGAUAGUUGUGUACCAAGAUUUGAACUGUUUAUAAACGGUUGCAUGAUAGUUGUGUACCAAGAUUUGAACUGUUUAUAAACAAUUGCAUGAUAGUUGUGUACCAAGAUUUGAACUGUUUAUAAACAAUUGCAUGAUAGUUGAGUACCAAGAUUUGAACUGUUUAUAAACGGUUGCAUGAUAGUUGAGUACCAAGAUUUGAACUGUUUAUAAACGGUUGCAUGAUAGUUGUGUACCAAGAUUUGAACUGUUUAUAAACGGUUGCAUGAUAGUUGAGUACCAAGAUUUGAACUGUUUAUAAACGGUUGCAUGAUAGUUGUGUACCAAGAUUUGAACUGUUUAUAAACAAUUGCAUGAUAGUUGUGUACCAUAAUUUGAACUGUUUAUAAACGGUUGCAUGAUUUGCAGAAUCGACCCCAGUAGUGAAUAAAUCUGAAAUAAUUGAAACUAGUACAUGCAAAUUUUAAUUGUGACAUUCAAGAGUUGUCUUGUUUUUAUCCUAGUGUAAGGUAAGGUUUCCAAGUACAGUCCAUGCUUGCCAGUUCUAGAGCCAACAGUGGCAUGCCGCAUUCUGUAUAGUAAUUAAAAUUGAGUACAUAGCACAAUAAUAACUAUACUAAAUAAAAACAGGCAAUUUUUGCUCUAUAAAAUAAUCUUACAAAGAUCGAUAUAAAUGUUGAAAAUGCAUGAAAAUUUUCUUACAAAGUAAGAUGAAUAAACCAUUACCACUGAA